UACCCUUCCUCUGCAGAGAUCAGCUUCAAGAUGUCCUGGGACCCCAAGAGAGGCUUUGUCAUCCCCUCCCACUCCUUCGUGCCCUCUGGGAUCCUCACAUGCUCAGCCCACGUCAAUGGCAGCGUCUUCAACUCCUACUACAUGGCCCAGAGACUGGAGGGCAGGAUACAGAACCUGGCUCUGAAGGCAAGUGCCAAAAAGCUGCUGGUUGGAGAAACUCUCAAGCUGGAGUGCAAAGCAGAGACCUUCAUCAAUGGGCGCAUCGAGUUCGUCUGGACGUGUCCCCGUGGCACG